AACGGAAAACCCGAGUAGUACACUAAACAAAACCCAGUUGCCAAUUUGCCCUCCCUUCACCAAACACGCACAGCGACAGAUCGAGAAGCCAGAGCCGGAGCUGCUGGAAAUUCAAUGCGCCAAUCAUUGCGUCCCAGAAGCACCAGCACCAGCAACCAGGGACUCAUCAUCCGUUCUUCUCCUGGCAGUAAAUGAGCAGCAGCAGUUCUUCACCUGGACCUGGAGUAGUAGUAGUGGAGUAGUAUUAUUUCUCUUUGGAACUUCGGUUGAAUUGGUGAAGAAGAGAUGAUAUUGGCGAGAUAAUUUAGCGCCGGAAGAGGGCUUCACAGAUCACUGGUAAGAGAGAGAGGGGAACCACCGCAGGAAAAAGGCCGCAGAAGAGAAGGGGGAAACAGGAGAGAGAAAGGCGAGCAACUUUUUGUUGGAUCCUUCGCUUUUGGGGACGAAGGAGGAGAAGGUCUCUCUCUCUCUGUCCCUCUCCACCUCCCUUCUUGGUCGGAGGAGGAGAUGUUCCCCCCUGGCCUGAUCCACCACCGCGCGGACGGCCCGGGGCCCGGCGAGGUGCCGCGCUCCGGCGGCGCCCCCAGCCUCGUGCUCACGGCUGACCCCAAGCCCCGCCUCCGCUGGACGGCCGACCUCCACGAGCGCUUCGUCGACGCCGUCGCCCAGCUCGGCGGGCCCGAGAAAGCAACACCAAAAACUAUCUUAAGGACAAUGGGUGUAAAGGGACUCACACUUUUCCACUUGAAGAGUCAUCUUCAGAAAUACAGAAUGGGGAAACAAACUGGCAAAGAGACGCCGGAGCAAUCUAAAGAUGGGUCCUAUCUUCUUGAUGCUCAAGGUGGAAUGAGCCUGUCUCCCCGAGUUUCUACUCAAGAUGCAAAAGAAAGUCAAGAAGUUAAAGAAGCCCUGAGAGCACAGAUGGAGAUGCAACGAAGCCUGCAUGAACAAGUGGAGGUCCAGAAGCAUGUGGACAUCAGGAUGGACGCGUACACGACGUACAUCAACACCCUGCUGGAGAAGGCCUGCAAGAUUGUCUCGGAGCAGUUUGCCUCGAGCGGCUUCAGCGUCUCCGACCAGAGCCUCCCGGAGCUGUCCUCGGGCGGCGUCAUGUGCGGCACCGCCACCGACGCGCUGAGCUCCUCCGUGUUCCACCAGCUCUCCGUCAGCUCGAUCAACAUGCACAGCCCGGGAGGCAAGCCGUCUCCCUCGGGCAUGGAAGGCCAGCUGCUUCUCCAGAGGUCACCCGAGUUCAAACGCAAGUCCUGCUGAGUCCACAUUCUAGGUGGAAAAGUUAGCUUAAUCGUCUGCUGUAGCCAUGUCGAAUCUCGGCCAACCUGUAAAACUUACUCUUGUUUCUCUUGCUACUGCAUGCCAAGAAGCGAGGUUUUUUUUAUGGAUUAAUCGUCGACCUAUGUUUAUAUAUAUAAUGCCUAAUGUGCUGCUAGCCAAGUGCCUUGAUUGA